AUGACGGAUUGGGGACCUGUAGUGAUCGCAGUGAUACUGUUCGUGUUAUUGACUCUGGGACUUCUCUUUCAGAUUCUGGCGAAAGGUCGAGUCGUUGAAUUCGGGAAUGUGCAAACCAGCGGCGCUUCGAUUCUUGCUCACUCCAUAAUUUCUUCGGGCUCAUCACCAUUUUUACCAUCGCCAUUCGUCUCCAUAUCUAUACCG